GAAAAAGACCAAAACAUUUUAAUCUCUCUCUCUCUCUCUCUCUCUCACAGACUUAGUUUUUCUCAGUUCUUGUUAGUUUCUCUCUGAAAAAAACAGAAAAUGGUGAUCAGCAAGACUACCGGAGACAAUGAAGAGUACUUGGACUCCACUUUCGCUUCCAGAUACGUUCGUACUCCUCUCCCAAGGUUCAAGUUGCCGGAGAAGCCGAUUCCGAAGGAAGCAGCGUACCAGAUCAUACACGACGAGCUGCUGCUGGAUGGGAGGCCGAGGCUGAAUCUGGCGUCGUUCGUGACGACGUGGAUGGAACCUGAGUGCAACAAGCUUAUGAUGACCUCCGUCAACAAGAACUACGUCGACAUGGAUGAGUACCCUGUCACCACUGAGCUCCAGAAUCGGUGUGUGAAUAUAAUUGCCCACCUGUUCAAUGCUCCUGUUGGAGAUGAAGAAGCUGCUGUUGGUGUGGGAACUGUGGGGUCGUCAGAGGCAAUAAUGCUGGCCGGUCUCGCUUUCAAAAGAAAGUGGCAGAAUAAGAGAAAAGCAGAGGGUAAACCUUAUGAUAAGCCAAAUAUAGUCACAGGAGCUAAUGUGCAGGUUUGCUGGGAGAAGUUUGCAAAUUACUUUGAGGUAGAGCUGAAAGAGGUAAAGCUUUCAGAAGGGUAUUAUGUAAUGGACCCUCUGCAGGCAGUUGAGUUGGUGGAUGAGAACACUAUAUGUGUAGCAGCCAUUCUAGGAUCAACAAUGAAUGGAGAGUUUGAGGAUGUGAAGCUCCUCAAUGAACUUCUUACCAAAAAGAAUAAGGAGACGGGGUUCGACACUCCCAUUCAUGUUGAUGCUGCCAGUGGAGGAUUUGUAGCUCCAUUCCUCUAUCCUGAUCUUGAGUGGGAUUUCCGUUUGCCUCUAGUCAAGAGCAUCAAUGUAAGUGGUCAUAAAUAUGGCCUUGUAUACCCUGGUGUUGGCUGGGUUAUAUGGAGGAGUAAAGAGGACUUGCCAGAUGAGCUUAUCUUUAAUAUCAAUUACCUUGGAUCUGAUCAACCUACUUUCACCCUCAACUUCUCAAAAGGCUCUAGUCAAAUAAUUGCUCAAUAUUAUCAACUUAUCCGACUGGGUUUUGAGGGUUACAAGGACAUCAUGCAAAACUGUAUGGACACUGCAAAAGCAUUGAAAGAAGGCUUAGACAAAACAGAGCGGUUUAACAUAAUCUCCAAGGACAUAGGUGUACCCGUAGUGGCCUGCUCGCUGAAAGACACCAGCAAAUACACUGUGUUUGAUGUAUCAGAGAGUUUGAGAAAUUACCAAUGGAUUGUUCCUGCCUAUACCAUGCCAGCAAACGCCGAAAACAUUGCUGUCCUUCGGGUGGUGGUUCGAGAAGAUUUCAGCCGGAACUUGGCCGUACGACUUAUCUCAGACAUUGAGAGAGUUUUGGCUGAGUUAGACGCAGCCCAUGUGACAGCUGUCGAUGAAAACCAAAAACAAGUUAAGAAAAGGAAAAGAUCAGUAACCGAAACUCAAUCAGAGAUGGUCAACAAGUGGAAGCGGUUUGUCAAUGGAAAGAAAACUGGAGUCUGCUAGGCUUCCAUAACUAGUUUACUUGCUGCUGGUAAGAUGGAUUCUAAUUCCAUAUGCUAAUGUUGGUUAUGUUUUAGAGUGUCUGUCUGUUUUACUUUCCGGUAUGAUCUUGCAAUAUUACCUUUUCUUUCCAUCCAUUGACAUCAUAUGUUUUGUGAUGUAUUGCAAUUUAAGUUGGAGUACUAUUUCAAGUUUUUCUAAUUAAGUGAAUUUGAAUCUCAUUGAGAAAUUAA